AGGAAUAGCGUGGGUGGCUCACACGAAAGCGAACGAGCUAGUCCCGGACUUUUCGGCGAAAAGCUUUGCGGUUCGUCGCCGACUGCUCGCGUAGGCUUUGGAAGUGCCUCAAGCAGUCACUGUAACCUUACAAAAGGCCUUUGCCGCCGCCCCAUCUCGUCAUCUGUGGAGGCAUACACAGAGGCAUACAGCACGUGGCGCCCGUAUACAGUCUUUCUGUAGUGAGAAAAAAGGUUGCCGGCACAUUUGAGCUCCUUGGAGUCUUCGGACGCAGCCUAUCCGGCUUGCCCAUCGGCUUGUCCACGCCCUGCUCGGUCUCAGCCUCGCCAGUUUUCGCGACAGGCCCCCCAGAGCACAGCUGCAUGACGUAACAGGUGCCUUAGCUUGGGCGCGGCAGCUCAGCAGCAUCAUUUAUGAGUCGCCGCGGUCACCAUAGUGAGGGGGUCUGCCCCCUCUGCCCCCCAGCCGCUCGCGGCCCAGGCAAGUAGAACAGCACCCCAGCCCUGCAGGCGGGCCCAGCAGCGAGCUAGGAAGGGCCCUCAGCUGACGAGGCGCGCAUUCCUACGCAGCCGCGGACAGCCCUGGGCAGCAUGCAGCCGACGGGGCGCGGUCUGCAGAUCAACAUCAAGAGUGCUCCGGUGCAAUACAUUUCCUCUGCUGCCGGGCCGGUCGCGCCGAAUGCCGGCGUCGCAGGCGUGCCGCUUGGCGGCGGCCUGGCAGGAACUCCUGCCGCUCCAGUGGUUAUCCCGGGUCUGGGCAGCGCCCUGCCCCUGCCUGCCGCGGGGAUAGCGGGCACGGCUGGCGCGGCGCCCCCUGGCCCGGCAGCAGGCUAUGGGAUGGGAGCCGGCGCAGGAGCCAGCGCCGGCGUUGGCGGGAGAAGCGGGAUACAGCCGCCGGGGCUUCAGACUGCAUCUAGCAGCGGCUAUUCUAGCGGCGUGUCAGGCGGUGUGGCCACGGGAAGCGGCGCUGCAGGCGGGGCAGGCGGCGGCGCGGCGGUUGGCUUCAGGCAAGCGCACGCGGCGCCGCCCCCGCCACCGCAGCACCGGCCGCAGCACCAACAGCAUUGGCAGCAACAGCAGCAGCAGCAGCAGCAGCAAUACGACCGCGCACGCAGCCACUACGGCGCGUCGACGUCGCAGUCCUCGGCGUCUAUGGCGGCGUCAACUGGCGUGGGGUUUGGCGGGCAGCCAACUGGAGGUGUGCAGCCGCCCAGCCUGGGGCCGUCGUUAGGGAGUGGCUCCUUCAAUGGUAGCGGCACUGGUGGUGGCGGCGGCGGUGCGUAUGGAGGCGGGUGGUCAGUGCCGUCCGCACCGCACCACGCGGCCGGGCCACCAGGUCUGGCGCCGACUGCGUCUCUGCCCUUCGCCAACGUAGCGCCCCCCAUGCCGCCGCCCGUGCCGCCACCCGCGCCUCCGCCUCAUCCACCACCUCAGACGCAGCAGCGCUCUCAGCAGCACCCGCAGCAGCAGCCGCAGAGGCCGGCGCCUGCGCACCAGUGGCAGAUCCGGCGGGACCUGCUGUCGGAGCUGCCAGCGGGCGUGCAGCCGCCCGUCAUCCCGCUGCCGCCGCCCAACGCGCGGCGGCUGGCGCAGGGGGCGCUGGCGGAUUUCUGCAAACGGCUGGAGGAGAACAAGGUGGCGCUGGCUGCCGCGGAGGAGGACGCACGUGUGGCGGAGCGCGACCUGGCGGAGGCGACGGCGGUGGUGCGGCGCUGCGAGCAGCUGCCGCGGCUGACGGCCCGCGUGUGGAGCUACCUGGAUGAGGACAACAUCAUGGGGCCCUACAGCCUCAUGGAGCUGAUGAAGAUCCUCAAGGGCGCGCCCAACACGCUGAUCGAGAGCAGCGACGAGAGCCUGUUGUUCGUGGACGCCAUGGCCGCCACCCCGCUGCGCGGCUGUGUGCUGGAGCGCAAGGCCAGUCUGGAGCGGCUGGGGGACGCCGAGGACGCCGUGUGUGAGCUGCUGGCGCAGGGGCGAGUGAUUGCCGCGGAGCUGCAGGCAGCUGAGUUCGAGGCGCUGGCGGAGCAGUUGGCGGCCGACAGAUGGCUGCCGGCGGCGGCCGCCGCCACCGCUGGCGCCGCCGGCCCCGACGCCGGCACGACCCCGCCCGCAAUCCGCGCCGCGCUUAUCGCCGGCGGCCUGCUGCCGGAUGCGCCGCUGGUGCCCGCGCUCCAGGCCGGCGUGGCGGCGCUGUCGGGGCUGCCGCCGCCGGAGCCGACGGCGGCGGCUGAGGUGGUGGCGGAGUGGGAGCUAGCGCUGCAUGAGGCCGCGGAACGGCGGGCGGCGGCAGCCGCCACAGCCGCCAUCAUGGCUGAUGCCGGCGUGGGCGGUGGCGGCGCCGCUACGCGGCAGGCGCUGCAGCGGCUGUCGCUGCCGUCUGAGUCGGAUCGGGCGUGGACGUUUUUGUCACAGGGGCGGCCCUCUGAGGCCUUUAGCGCCGAGGCGCUAACCGCCUGGCUGGCGGGCGGGCAGCUGGAUUCGUACACACUCGUAUCGUCCGUAAAACCGCUCCUGCCGUACGACGACGCGCUGAAUGGCGCCGCCGGGGCGCAGGCCAGCGAGCAGGAGCGGGUGCGGAAGGCGGCACGGUGGUUGUUGGCGGGCGAAGUGUCCCGGCUGUACAGGCGGCAGCAACAACAACUUGGCGGCUCACCGCCGCCGCCACCCCUGGCGGCGGCGCCGCCGGCGGUGCCCCCUGACCCCAUGUGUGCGCUUGGCGGCGUUGCGCGCCUGCAGCAGCACCAGCAGCUACAGCAGCAGCUCGUGAUGCUACAGCAGCAGCGGCAGCAGCAACAACAGCAACAACAGCAGCAGGAGGCGUUGGCCGUGGCGGCGGCGAGCAUGCUACCGAUGGGUCUGCAGGGCAUGCUCCCAGGCAUGAUGAUGCCUGGGAUGGUGCACCCGAUGAUGAUGGGGCAAGUCGCCUCCAUGCCUUCCCUGCCUUCAAUGCCGUCUAUGGGCAUGCCGCAAAACCAGCAGCAGCAGCAGCAGCGGCAGCAGCAGCAAGUGGCAGGCGCGGGAUCCGGGCCGCUCAAACCGCAAGGCAGCCUGUCGCAAGGGGCUGCCGCAGGGGGUGCUGGAGCAGGGGCUGGUGGAGGCGGCCCGGUGGCUCAGGAGGGGUUUCGGACCCGCCACGCCUCGCCGGCGCCCGGCCAACCCGGGCCAGAGGCGGGGCCGGGAGGCGACGUGCGGGGGCAACCGCCAGCAACGGCAGCGGGAGGGGCGGGGGCAGGGGCGCAGGGGCGCCGCGGCUCAUUCACAGGCGGACCGGGUGACCCUGGGGCAGGCGGCGCUGGUGCGAGCGCUGGUGCUGGGAGAGGCGGUGGCGGAGGCGCGAGCGGUGGGUGGCAGCACACGCCGCACCAGGCGCCGGGUUCCGCGCCCGCCAACCCACCAGGCAGCCGCCUGCAGGUCCGGCUUGGCCCGCCGCCGCCGCCGCCGCCGCCGCCGCCACCGCCACCACCACGGUCCACAGCGGCGCCACCCGCAGCGCCUGCGGCGCCCGCUGCCGCCCCAUCGAAUCGGCCUCCCCUGAACCCCGCGCUUGUGGCGGCAGUACUAAAAAUGGUCAAACUACAUUUCCAGAAUGACUUGCGGCAGCAUCUCCCCCGCCUGCUUCCUGGUCUGGUGGAGGACGCGUACUGCGAGUAUCGACUGAAGCGCCUAGACAUGGAGGAGGGGCAGGAGGAGCAGCAGGGGCACGGCCGCCAGCAGGGCGCGAUGCAGGAGACGGCGGCGCAGCCGGAGGCUGAGGGUGGCAGCGGCGCAGCAGGGUCCUCUGCGGGCAAUGCUACGAAGCCGGAGCUGAAGCAAGGACAGGCGGGUGGCGAGGAGUCAGGGUCUGGGCCUGUGACUUCGCCUAAGAAGCGGCGGCGGAAGGUCCAGGAGGCCGAGGAGGACGAGGGCGCUACGACGAAGCCGAAGCCAGAGGCGGCGCGCCGACGUAAGAAGGCGGCGGCUGCAGGCUCGGAUGCGGAGGAGGAGCAGAAGGAGCAGGGCAGCGAUGCCGAGCAGAAGGCGGAGUCGGAGGAGGAGGAGGAGCCGGCCGGCAAGCCGGAGGCGAAGGCGGGGAGAGGCCGCGGGCGGGGACGUGGCAGGGGAGCGGCCGAUGGCAGCAGCGGCAGGGGACGCGGUCGCGGUCGCGGCCGCGGCAAGGCUGCGGCGGCAGAGGCUGAGGCGGCGAAGGAGGAGGGUGCGUCGGCUAAGCCGGUGAAGGGGCGGAAGAAGCGGGCAGAAGCAGCAAAAGCAGCGGCGGACAAGGACGAUAAGGAGCAGAAGGCAGCCGCACCGGCGUCGCCAGCGUCGUCUUCCCGCUCCAGAGGCGGCAAUAUGUCUUCCUCCUCCGACUCCUCCUCGGGUUCGGACGAUUCAUCUUCCUCGUCCGGCGAUGGCUCUUCAUCUUCCUCCUCGUCCUCUGAAGACGAAGGCGAGGAGGCGCAGGCGGCGGGCAGCAGCGGGAAAAAGCGGGAAGGGCGGGGCUCGAAGCCGACUCCGGCGAAGCGGCGCGGGAGGCGGAGAGCCGACGAGGAGGCAGUGGACGGUGCAGACGGCGGCGCAGUCAAGGCGAGGGGCCGCGGCCGGGGCAGGGGGCGUGGCCGGGGCAGGGGUGCCGCCUCUGCCGCAGGCGACACGGAGGCGGAAGCUGCGAGCCCAGGCCGGGGCCGGGGUCGCGGCCGCGGCGGCCGAGGCCGAGGCCGGGGGCGUAAGGCCGCAGAGGAUGCAGAGGAGGCGGAGGCAAUUCCUGCAGCCCAGGCUGCCGCGGGUGCCGCGGGUGCAAGGUCUACCGACCCGGCUGCCUCAGCCGAGGCCGCCGCCUUGACGACGGCCGCCGAAGAUGUGGCAACGGAGGCGCCAGCCGCUGAGGCUGCAGCCGCUGUUGCCGCGCCGUCAGCAGCCACGGCAGCAGCAGGAGCCGCAGGAGGGGCCGCAGCUGCCGAUGCCGAGCCAGCCACGGCCACUGCCAGCGCCUCUGAACCCAAGGCGCUCGCCCCCGCCGCCACUGCCGCAGCUGCAAACGGCACCGCUGUUGCCACCACAGACGCAAUGGAUGUGAAUGUUGUAGCGCCGUUUCCGCCGGGGGCGGAAGCCGCGCCUGCACCCGCGCUGCCGCCUGCGCCAGUGCAGGUGAAGGCAGAGGCAGGUGCGGCGGAGGCGUCAGUUGGGGCGGACGUGAAGCCGGCUGCGGCGGAGCCGGCCGCCGCAGCACCCAAGCAGGAGGCGGCACCCAAGCCGAAGGCGGAGGAGGGCGACACCGCAGCCAUGGAGGCGGCGGCCGAGGGCAAGCCACAGCAGGUGCCGGGGCCACCGACAGUGACUGCGCCAAAGUCCCCAACCGCCGACCUCCGCCCAUCUGCCCCCGACGGCAGCCGGAGCCAACCUGGUGAUGCCGAUGCCACCGCCGAUGCCACCGCCGCUCCCACCGCCGAUGCCGAUGGUGCCUCCGCCCUUUCUUCCAAAGCAGCUGCUCCAGCCACUGCUGCUACAGCCGCAGCCGCCGCAGCCGCCGCUGCUACAGCCGCAGCCGGCGAUCCGGCGGCCGCGGCUGUUGCACUGGCGCGGGCCAUCUUGGAGGAGGUGCUCACAGUGGUGGAGCUGCACAUCGAGUUCUCGGCACCCAACACCGCCGCGCCACGAGCCACACGCAGCCGCCGCGCAGGCGGCGGCGAAGCCGGCGGCGCUGCCGGUGGCGGCGGCAAGGGCCGCGGCCGCGACCGGGAUGCGGGAGGUGAUGGAGGUGCAGGGGAGGGCGGCGGCGCCGACGCUGCCGCGCCGGCGCCGAAGCGCCAGCGCCCGGCGGCGAUAAAGGUAGAUGUGGGCGAGGAUGGUGAGGACGCGGGAGCAGGCGCGGGCGGGAGCACGGUCGGGGGCAAGGUAAGGCUGCGGAGCAAGGCCGCAAGGGCGGCGGCGCGCCGCGCGCGCCAGGCCGCCCGGGCUUCGGCCGACGCGGCCUCACCCGCCUCCGCGGGCGCCGACAGCGAUGCCAGCAGCGACAGCAGCAGCGACAGUGACGGCGAGGGCGACGCGGAGCAGGGCGGCGCUGCGGCUGCCAAGCGCUCCCGCGCUGCUGCCGCAAAGCGCGCGCCAAAGCGCUCCCGGCGCGACGUCACCGCCGCCGCCGCUGCGGCUGCUUCCGACGACGAGGACGACCGCUCUGACAGUGACGGCGACCAGGACAGGGAGGAGGGGAGCACUGGUGAUGCGGCAGGUGACGCGGCUGGUGAGGCUGCUGGCAACGGCCCUUCCGCGCCCAGCUGCAGGUCCCGCAAGCAGUCCUCAAAGACACCGCGGCACCGCCGCCGGCCCAGCGGCAAUGCCGAGGACGGCGCCGGCGGCGCCUCCGGCCCGGCGGCAGCUGCGCUGGCGGCGGCGCCGCGCUACCGCGGCGUCAGUGCCAAGGAGCUCCGGGCCCUGGCGGCGGCGCCUGGCGGCGAUGGCCUUGCAUCCGUCCUGGCGGGCGGCGGCAUCACGCGCAAUUCGGCUGCUGAGCUGCUGCUGGGCGAGGAGGAGCUGGGGAUGGGCGGCGGCGGCGGCAACCGCCGCACGCGCGCCGGCGCCGCGGCGGUUGCUGCGUCCGUCAAGGACACGACGGAGGCGGCGGAGGCGCUCACGGAGCUCACCGCCGCAGCAGCGGGCCGCAACGGCACCCACUGCACGACCGGCGAUGCGGCGCGGAAGCGGGGCAAGACGAAGGCGGCGGGCGGGGAGCGGCAGACUAGUCCGAAGUCGGAGAUCAUAGGCGGCGAGGGGGAUGUGGAUAACAAGGAGGGUGCGCGGCUGUGGGCGGCCACGCAUGCUGAGCUGGCCGCCGGCAAGAGGUCCAUCCGGCCCAACAGGUCGCUGGACAACCUUGCGUCGGAGGCGGAGGCGGCGGCACUCAGUGGUUUCGCUGCCGCGAGCUUUGCACGCCGCCCCAGCGACACGGGCGGCGCCGGCAGGCGGCCGCUCAGCCGCACCAGCAGCACCUGCUCAGCGGAGGCGCUGGCGGAGUGGCAGUCGCACUUCCCGGGCGAGGACCUGGGACGCGCCGUGCGCUGCGACUCCAUGACAAUGCUGCUGGACGCAUUCCUGCUCAGUGGCGUGCCGGGCAUCGUGCAGGCGGAGUUGGAUCGCGGCAAGCACCAGGACAGUGACGGCGAGCCGCCCUCCGUGCCAAAGCACGCGCAGCGCCCGCGCAGCGCGCGCGGCGGCACCGGCAGCCUGGGCGCCAAGCGGCGCAGCAACAGCGGCGGCAAUCUGCUCGCAGCCGUGCUGGAGCUGCCGACGGCAGAGGGCAAGGAGCAGGCGGGAGCGGCGUCGGAGAAGGAGCCAGGGCGUAACAAGCGCGGCCGCGCGACGCCCACGCCACCGCCAGGCGCGGGAGACGCCGCCGGCGCCGCUGGCGGCGCCAAGGGCAACCGCAGCAUAUCCCCUUCAGGCACCGAGGGCGGCGGAGGCGCAGGCGACAGCAAGCAGCAGCGGCGGCGGGACGCGGACGCCCGACGACGGCGAGCGGCGGCGCUGAAAGGCAUCUGCCGUACAGUGGGCUGCGCCCGCGGCCUGCCCCUCCGCGUCAUCAAGGAGCUUUCUUCCAAAGCCGCCAACAGCAGCACUCGUGCCGCCAAGGCGGCGGCGUCAGCCGCCGCCGACGGCGGCGCAGCCGCCGAAGAGGCCGGCGGCGGAGCCGCUGCUGCCGGAGGCGGCGCCGCUGGUGCCGCGCCGCCGGCUGCGCUGGCGCGGCCGCGGGCCGCAGCCAGCGAGCAUCGGUUCCUGACGGCGGCAUCGGCGGGCGCUGGUGGCAGCGGCGCUGGCGGCGGCGGCGGCGAGGCGGCCACUGCGGGCAUGGAACUGGCCAAGUGGCGGCUGCUUGCGGCCAAGUCCAAGAGGCUUAAAUUCGGGCGCAGCCCCAUCGCCGGCUGGGGCCUGUUUGCGGUGGAGCCCAUUGAGGCGGGCGAGUUCGUGAUCGAGUACUGCGGCGUGCGGCUGCGCAAGCCCCUGGACGACGUGCGCCAGCGGCAGUACGACGCCGCCGGCUACAUGGACUAUAUGUUCGCUGUGGACGGCGCCUGGGUGGUGGACGCAACACUGGCGGGAAACGCCGCGCGCUUCAUCAAUCACUGCUGCGAUCCAAACUGCGUGGCACGCAUUGUCGAGGUGGGCGGCGAGAAGAAAAUUGCCAUCUACACGCUUCGGCGAGUGGAGGCGGGCGAGGAGCUGGCAUACGACUACAAGCUGUCGUGUGUCCCCGGGGCGGAGCGCAUCCCGUGCGGCUGUGGCGCCAAGAACUGCCGUGGCUUCAUGAAUUGACCUAAAACAGGUUAAAAGCGGAGUGACAAGGGACUGAACUAGAUACAGUGCGUGACAGGAGUGUGGAUGUAGAUACGGCCGUUUGAGCGUGUCGCCCCCGGCGUCGUGAAGCUGGCGCUUGCUGUGCACGCGGCGGGGAAAGGGGAAGACGGGCUCCGGAAAUCAGGGUGCAGGGUUUUGAAUGCACCCAUAGCUUCGCAGACGCACGCACAUGAACGUAUGUGCAUUGGCAAUGGUAGUAGACGCUGUUGGAAGGCGGGCAGCUGUUCGGUUGUGGCUGAAUAUUAAUGGCUGACGAGGUGAAGGAACUGACAAGACCACAGGCGGGUCAUGGUCGGCGUGACAGGUGUAUGUUAGGUUUACGCCUCACGACGUGGUGGGUGCAACCCAGGGUGCAACCAUCAGCCAUCAGGUAACAGGCGCAGUAAGCCGAAGGCGCCCAUUGAUUGGGGCUAGCAAGUAGCCACCGGAGCCGUCCAGGUUGCUCUGAACUCGACUAAUUGUUGCAGAACCACAGGGCUAGGAUGUGCACAUGCCCUCUGGUGUAGCAGCUGUGCACGACUGCGUUAACGCGCCCCCGUGUUACCGGUAUGUCUCGUGUGGGGCAGUUUUGGUGUGGGCGGGGACGCGGGCAUAGCGCAACACUAGGCGCAGCGGCUAGGAGCAAUUUGCCCGGAGCACCCCUGGCCCGGAGGCUGCGGGACGACUGGUACCCAGCCAGGGAAGACCCUGCAGCGCAUCCUAUGCGUAUGGGUGCAUAGCAGGGUACGAACAGCUGGAUGGGCUAGAGACAGGAUACGGUCCUAGAGUGUAGGGACCCCGUAUGGCCACCAAUGUCCCGAUGCCCGGCCGCGUACCAGGGUGAUCAGGUCUGGACGCUGACGCGGGGACAACCAAUGAUGAGCGAUUCAGCCACGGAGGCUGGCUGCUGCUGCUGGCGCGAGGCAGGCUGACGCAGGACGUCAUGAGAAGAAAGCAAUUGGGCUGCAACCACAUCCGGUUGCCAACCGUGUGGGUGUGUGGACGGCGUGCGGCCUUCAGAAAGCUGUGGAGACACACAAUGAACGAUUGUGCACACCCCGGAAAACGGUAUGGCAGCAUUGCAGUCGAAUGGAGCGGCACUGGUGCAUUACAGUACUGUUUGUCUGUUACUCAAGGCCCAAGGCAAUAUUCUGUGGCGGAUGAGGGGGUGCGUAUGCCUGGGAGCGGACUACUGUUUGCGACCAAGCAACGACAAGGCC